UCCACAUCGGCACCGACAGGCGAUAUGAGUACGAAAUUCAUAAUUGAUAGUAUGCUACCUGCUAAGUACCAACAAUUCCACCCGCAACAGUUGUUCUCAAGCGCGACUCCAGGUAGUAUUCAGGCGUGUACGACGAGUCCGGCCACCGCGAGCCUAGAAUCGAGUUUAUCCGCGGCUGCAGUGGCGGCCGCGGCAGUCAAUUACGCACAUCAGCACAAUUCACCGAGCCCGACGGGUUCGAGUCCCCAGCACUCGGGAAGUUCCGCUUCUACGUCACCGGCGGCACGCACCACAUCCAGCAUGUAUCCGUACGUGUCCGCCGCAGCGGCUCAUCAUCAUCAUCAGCAGCAGCAAGCGGUCGCGGCCGCCGCGUUCGGCGCCACGUCCAGCAUGGUGCCCGGUUUCGGCUCCUCGGCGGCAUCCAGCGCUGCCCUGGCCGCCGCCGCCGCCGUGGACGCCGCGACCGGCGACAAAUCCUGCCGUUACACAGCUAGUCUGACCGGCAAUGUGGCACCUACAUCGGCCGACCCUAUGGUUAAUUAUACCCUAGGCCACCAUCAUCAGAACGGCGCUACGCCCGGUAGCCUCGUUUCCUCCGCGUCCGCAUCCUCGGCCGUCUCGGCCGCCUCGGCCUCCAUGGCAGCGGCGGCACAGUUCUACCAUCAAGCGGCUGCCGCAUCGGCCGUUGUCGAUCCUUUGACCUCCUGCCAACAACCCGCCACCGGCCAACCUGGGAUCUCGGACAUACCUCGGUAUCCCUGGAUGUCGAUUACCGAUUGGAUGAGUCCAUUUGACAGAGUGGUGUGCGGUCCGAACGGCUGCCCGAGGCGCAGAGGCCGACAAACGUACACGCGGUUCCAAACACUGGAAUUAGAAAAAGAAUUUCACUUCAAUCAUUAUCUGACGCGACGACGACGAAUAGAGAUCGCGCAUGCACUCUGCCUAACGGAACGACAGAUCAAGAUCUGGUUCCAGAAUCGGCGAAUGAAGCUGAAAAAGGAGUUAAGGGCGGUUAAAGAGAUCAACGAGCAAGCCAGACGCGAGCGCGAGGAACAAGAUAUGAUGAAGAAACAGCAGGCGGAGAAGCAGGCCAAGUUGCAGCAGGAGCAGCAGAGCGCCGCCCUUCAGCAUCAGCAGCAGCAUCACGUAAGCGGCCUGGAAAAAACGCAAAGCGAUCUUCUGAAGGCAGUCAGUAAGGUACCCACAUAGGAUACCUUACUGAGUCGACUCUCUUUCUUUUAAGGAAGACACAAGAGACUGGAGCGGCCUGGACGAAGAUUCCGAAGCGAAGUAGUUGGUAAGGUCGAUCACGUAGAAGAUCCCGAGUUUUCUUCCUCUCAUCUUCGCACGCGAGAAACAGGUACGAAACAUCUGACGCAAAAGAUUUUUGCGAUCUUCCUCAAGUCGGUGAGCCGGUGCUCGCAAGUAAGAGGACCUUGUGGAUGCGGUCAUCGAUCUUUUUUCUUUUUUUCUUUCUUUUUAUCAAGUGGGAAGAUAGCGAGAAUUUAAGAAGCCUGGAAGAUACACAGAGCGCGAUCUUCUCUGGGCGACCGAAAAAAAGGUACGACGAAAUGCCUUGCUGAGUCGGUUCUCUCUUUUGUUUUUUUUUUAAGCAAGCAAGAAAAAUAAGUAGAUGUUACGAUAGUAAAAAACUCGAAGCAUAGAAAAUGAACGCACCCCACCCCAGCUACGUACUUACUUGGCUAGCCCCCGAAGGGUGACAUGCCGCCUCGCACGGGGCUCAGCCUGUGACUGAUUCCUAGAACGUAUAAUGUAUAUUGUUAGUCGGGUGCUACACAAUGAGCCAUCGUGAUUAUCAAGCGGUGAACGUACGAAUUGGCGCGAUACUGCCAUGGAGAGCCAAUAAUUACGUCGAGGCGGUGAGUAGACUAGUUAAACGAGCCGAAACUGAGGGAUUAAUGGUCGUAUGGGCCGACAGAAUCAUUAACGACGACAUUUCGAUUAAUUGAUCGAACUUUGAAGGAAGGAAGUAAUUAAAUCAAACUGCACACACACACAUACACACACACACGAACGAAUCGGCAUCCAAUUGCGCAAAACUAGCGAGCGAGAUAAGUGUUUAGCUAAUCUGCGAUUCAUCGCUUACUUUGUACGUGCGAAUUUUCGUUGAUUAGCUAGAUCUCUCUUGUAGAAUGCAUCGAUCGAUUUCCGAAGGAAGAUAUACGGUGACGCGAUAACUAUUUCAUCAUUUUCGACGUAGAAACGUUUUAUCUUUAACGUCAUGCGAACACUUCCUUCGUACGAUCACUAAGCGAAAUUACAAGGGGCAUAAAAUUCGCGACGUUCAUGUUGGAAUAACGAACGUGUCUCUCGCGCGAUUGCGGACUUCCGGUAACUCCGAUACUCCUUUUAAAUAUCGGUCUACAAUUAUAAAUAACGGGCGUACACGACUAUUUUCCCCUACGUCGUAUUUUUUCAGUAAAAAAAUUCGAUGUUCGCGCGUUUAUUUUUUAAAUGAAUUAAUGUAUUUAGCUAGGUGUUAUUUAUGUCGAUUUUGUGUAUUAAAAUUUGUACAUUAUAACUUUGAAUCACUGAACAAAUAAAUUAGUUGAUGAUAACCAAGUUUUAUCUACAUAUGGGUUUUAUAGAGAAAAACUAUAUCUUGCUUAAAGAAAAAAAAUUCUGAUUUUACAAAUUAUAUAACAAUGCAUGUAUAUGUGUGCUAUAAAAUUACUUUUUCCUCGAAAACAACUCUUUCGGUACGCUCGAUUUCGCACAAAGAAAAAACCUAUACUCACGGAUAUAGGAAAAACAUGCUGUUUGUUUUUCAGCCAUUCCGACACGUCAAUUCAGACAAAUCGCAAGAAAUGAAACUUUCUGUUAAUGAAAUAUAGUAAAUUAUUUUAGAAACAAUAAAAAAAUUUAGGGUAUUUAUUUUUUUACCAACGUGAGUAAAAGUAGUAUCCUAUCGUGAGCAAUAAAAUAUCGUUGAAUUCGCGAAUUUCGUCGAAGAAGUAUAAAUGUUGUAAUGGAAAAACGUAAACGAUAUUCUCAGACAUUGAAGAAUGAGGUAACGUGCCGUGAGUAUAUAAACAUUGAUUUUUCUCAAGAAUAUAUCUUUCUGAAUGUUGUUUCUUGAAAGCGUGAUAUAGAUGGUAAAUAACUGUACAAUAUGCUUGGCAACCGCACUUUGUCAAGAUUCUGACAAAUAGUAAUUGUCUCGAUUAUCCUGCCGUGUCGAUAAACAAAAGAAAAUUAUACACACACACAAUUACAUAUAACAUACGGUUAAUCUACUUGUCAUUUCGCGAGAAACAUUUUAAUCAUAAAUCUAAAAUGUGUCACGUGCUAAAUUUCAUGACUUCUUUUUUAACGCUCAAUCUAGGUUAUUAUAAUUUUCACAUUUUUUAAUUAUUCCUUUCUGCCGUAUAUUGGAGAUUAGACACACACGUAAAUGUUUGCAAAUACACACGUAUUAAUUUUUAUGAAAAUGAACAACAAACGCGGGAGAAAGUAAAGUACAUAUACACGCUCGUAUAUACGUACGAGAAACACGAGCCACAUUACCGGACGAGUAUCUCACUCUUACAAUUAGUACAUUAAAUACGUAAUUUGGUGUCAGGGUAGACUUUUCCAUAGAUAUAGAACCCGUUGUUGGUAUUACUUACUUAGAGUUCGUAAAAAAAGGAAGAGAUAAACAUGAAAGAAAUAACCGAUAUAUAAAUUAUUGCCUAAUUAUUUUUUUCUCCUCCCUGUUAGCGCGAUCGAUGCAUGGCUCUUGAUUCCUUACUAUUUUGAUCAAAUUUUAUCCAAAGUAAUUUUAAUUUAAUAGCUAUAAAAUUGAAAAAAGUAACAUUAUUGUUAUUACUCAGCAACACAA